CAUCUUCGAACUUCUCCAGCCGCGAGCUCCCUCCGGCCGAGCUCGCUCAAACGAAUGGCAGCCACAUCCGUCGCCUCCGCCCCGCGCCCGCUGCGCGCGACGCCGCGCCCGCAUCCCUGCGCGCCCUGCCGCCACCACCACGCCGCGCCGCCCCACGCCCUCCGCAGGCCGCGCCUCGCCGUCUCGGCCUCCUCAACCACCGACGAAGCCAGCAGCGCCUCCUCCUCGUCGUCGUCCCGGUUCUACUUCAACUUCACCGGCUUCCCCUUCCCGCUCGGCCCCUUCCUCAACCGCCGCACCACCCGCACCGAGGCGGUGAAGGGCAGCGUAUGGCUGUUCGAGCAGGAGCAGGCGCUGGGCUUCAGCAGCGUCUCCACCAACACCCGCAUGACCGUCGUCAAGCUCCGCUCCGGCGGGCUCUGGGUGCACGCCCCCAUCGCCCCCACCAAGGAGUGCAUCCAGCUGAUCAAGGAGCUGGGCGCGCCGGUGGAGCACAUCGUGCUGCCGACCUUCGCGUACGAGCACAAGGUCUUCCUCGGGCCCUUCUCCAGGAAGUUCCCCAGGGCGCAGGUGUGGGUGGCGCCGCGGCAGUGGAGCUGGCCCGUCAACCUGCCGCUCGAGUUCUUCGGGGUCUUCCGCUCCAAGCCCCUCGAGGACGAGGACGACGCCACGCCCUGGGCCGCCGAGAUCGAGCAGAAGGUGCUCAGCUCGCCGGAAGUUGGGAUUGGGCCGUAUGUGGAGGUGGCGUUCUACCAUAAGCCUUCCAGGACAUUGCUGGUCACGGAUGCUGUCAUCUUUGUCCCUCGGCAGCCGCCCGAUUGCAUCAGCAAAGAGUCCUUGUUGGCAGCUGCCAAGAACGGCUUGGCAGUUAAGAUAUUGAGCAAAGGGAGAGAGGUUCCUGAUGAUCCCGUUGAGGACAACAAGCUUACCCGGCAGACAGGAUGGGAGAGGAUGGUACUUCAAAUACUGUUCCUUGGUCCCUCAAAUCUCCUCGAGCCCAACGCGAGCUUCGCUCAAAUGUCACAGAAACUGAUCGUCUCACCAAUCGUGAAGACGCUCGUUUUCAGCAAAGUUCCAGAGAAGGUGAGGGACUGGGUGGACAGGAUCGCCGCGGACUGGCCGUUCCGGCGGAUCAUCCCGGCGCACUUCGCGGCCCCGAUCAACGCGAGCCGGUCCGACUUCCUGGCCGCCUUCGCCUUCCUCGACGAGUUCCUCCCGGACCGCCCCGCGGCCUCGCCCGGCCUCUCCCUCAUUUUCGCGUCGUUCAUGGGCAAGGCGGCCAGCUACUUCCCGCCGGACGACAUGAAGACCCUCUCGUCGCUCGAUGACUUCCUGGUCUCCGUCGGCGCCGUCAAGAAGACCGUCUCCGGAAGGAAGCGAUGAUACAUAUACCAGAGAAACCGCUGCCUUGUCUUUUCUUCUGCUUAGUUUUGUCACGAAAUGAAACGUCACUGGCUGCUGCUGUGAAUGAUUUAUCCACAUUGUUGCAGAAUGCGUGUAUAGAGUUAGUUUACCCAGAUUGUACAGUACAGUACGAUGAAAUGGUUACAUUUUCCAAUAGAAAAUUUGUGAUCCGAAA